UUCCACUCUUGUUGUUCAAAGGACGGUUACAUCAUAAGUGCAUAUGUGAUAACGCUCUUUAUUGAAGUCCGUUCACUUGAAUGAUAAAAGCUCAAUCCAAAUUUUAUUGCCGUUGUGAGACGUGGUCAUCUCAAUAAAACUCCAUUAUCACUGCAAUAUCUGGAAACCAAUAAACAAAAACAUGUUUCCUCCCACCUACGUUGAGGGUUUUCAUGAUCCCGAAGCGGUAAAAGCUAUGGAAUACAAAGAGCUCGGAAAAACAGGGAUGUUUGUAAGCAAAUUAGGUUUUGGUGGCGCUACGCUAUGUGGUAUUUACAAUUUAAGUAACGAAGCAGAGGCUAUCGAAACUGUACGCCAGGCAAUAAAGCAAGGCAUCAAUUAUAUUGAUACAGCACCGUGGUACGGUCAAGGUCAAUCCGAAACAAUGCUUGGCAAGGCCUUAAAGGGGAUUCCGCGCAAAGCUUAUUAUAUUUCGACGAAAGUUGGCAGAUACGAGAAAGAUUGGGACAAUAUGUUCAAUUUCACCGUCGAGAAAGUUCGGAAUAGUUUCAAAAAGAGUUUAGAAUUGUUGGAACUGGAUUACGUUGAUCUUAUUCAGAUUCACGAUAUCGAAUUUGCACUCACAAUGGAUGUAAUAAUCACACAAACCUUGCCGGAAUUAUCGAAAUUCGUGGCUGAUGGCAAAGCCAGGCAUGUAGGUAUAACUGGGUAUCCAGUGUCCGUACUAAAAGAAUGCGUCGAAAAGAGUAACGUAAAUAUAGCCAGUGUAUUGAGUUAUUCUAGACUUACUCUCAUCGAUGACACUUUGUCGGAGUACAUUCCAUUCUUCAAGAAGCACAAAAUCGGUUUAAUUAACGCCGCUGCACCAUGUAUGGGUUUGUUAACGAAUAACGGGCCACAGAGCUGGCAUAUGGCUUCCGACGAGACGAAGAAACAAUGCGCGAAAGCCGCACAGUACUGCAAGGAUCGCGAUAUAGAACUCUGCAAACUGGCGGUAUGGCAUUCCAUGCAAUAUGCGGAUGUAAACACCCAUUUAGUUGGAAUACAAAACAUGAAGCAGUUGCAGAUAAAUUUGGAUGUGACAGUAAAUGGCAUUACGGAAAAAGAAAAGAAAGUGCUGCGCGAAAUUCAAGAAAAGUUUUUAUCAACGGUAAAAAAUCAACACUGGGAAGGUCAAGAGAUCAUUACAUACCGAAAAGCCAUCAAGAAGAAAUGAGAAAAAUAUAUAUAUUUUUAUUUUUGUUCUUUAUAUAUCU